AUGCAUAUUGGACGUUCAGUUUUGGUAACAAAUACUCUAACUCCUCAUGAUAUUUCGGUCUUAGUGUUGGUUGCGUUUUAUUGUGGCAACGUAGAGAGGGUCUCACCGUCACUUAUUUCCACAAUGAUACCGCCUCUCACAUCAGACUCGCAGGACGCCGCAAUGUACGCAAUAUCUAAGAAUUCCAAUCCUCCACUUCCAGUACUCCCAACAUUGGAAGAACUUAUACAACGUCUAUUCGAAAAGAACCACAGUCAAGCCGGGAUAAAGCUUUUGGCAGUUUUAGACGCUAUAAAUAAUUUAAAUGGGGUAACAAGACUUCUCAAAAUCCUUGAUAAACAGUGUUUGCGACUAAGUUACCGUGCUAUGGAUUCUCGAAAUGAAAAGAGAGUAUUUAAAAGGCAACUCACAAGGAAAAGUGUCCUAGGAUCCUACCUUGCAAGAUGUGUGACGAAGCAUAUGCUUGAGGAUUUUCAAGAUAGUGAAAGAUUGUGGAAUAAUCUAGUACGUUAUAGGGACGAAUUCAAACUUACCAAGCUCUAUAAAUGCAGUGCAAGUGAUUCGUAUUUAUUAGAUCCCGUUAUGUCUUUCAUUGUCCAAGAUAAGAAAUCGCCCGAGCGAUUUGGAUCUGUCCACGGAAUGCAGGAGGUGGAACUUUUCCAGAACUUCACAGAUCUCUUUCAUGGUGACGAAAAUUCAAUGAUGAUGAUUUCCAAGGAGCAUCUUCAAGCACUUUUGAACGCAGAAUUGACCAGGGCACUUCAUGACGGAGGGCAAGUGAAUUCCUCGACUCGAGAAAUACUGAGCCAUAUGACACUUGAAGACAAAUCACGUUUUCCAACUGUCCAUAUCUUGAAUUAUUUGCAGGCUAUGGCUAAUCAGGAGUAUGACACUUCUAUCAGGCAUUUGUACAGGUACUUUGACUAUAUGCUUGGCCAGAAUAGUGACCAUUACUUCCAUAUGUCUUUACUGUCACUAGCGACAUUUCAUAGCCACUUCAACAAUGAUGAGGCCGCUGUUAAAACAUUUGAAGAAGCCAUAGCAGUGGCUAGAGAGAAUAAGGACAUUUCAACUCUAAAUUUGAUCCUCAUUUGGGUAUUUGAGUUUAUAAAAAAACGUCCAAAUCUAGCAGGAAAAUUUCACGUUACUACCGAACAAAUUGUCACCUAUCUUAGAACCUGCCCCGACAGUCAUAGUCUUAUUGUUUUCGAAAAGGCUUAUUUAUUCGAAUCUUUGUUUGUUAUGUUGAAUGGCGGCUUCGUUCCGGAUAUUUUGGAGGCAGCUUUUAAGUCAUUUGUAAUUGGUUUGCAAGGUACUUCUUUGAAGUCUGAGUUUGGUUCAAUCAUGCAGCACAAUGUCAGAAUUUGGAAAUGUCUCGGAUCAUCAGCGCUAACGAAAGCAUAUGAAAACUUAUGCGACGUUUCGAGCAAUGAAACCAUGUUCAGCGUUCCGAAAUAUCGAGGAAUGACAGAGCGCUCAGUUUUGGAUGAAGUAAGAUGUUUACUGUCGAGACUGGAUUCACCCUCCAUAGAGUACGAAGAACGCAGGCAACUGGAACGUUUGAAAAUUGAAUAUCUAAGUGAAUUGGGAGAUUUCAAUGAAGCCAUUAAACUCACCAACAAUCUUAUCAAACAGUGUCAAUUUGACUACACUGAUACUUAUUGGGAGUUCGAGUUUACUCUCAUAAAAUGUCGAAUUUUUAUGAAAUCAGGUUUGGGGCCAAGGUGCAAAAUAAUGGUAGAGAGUCUGAUCGAUAAUAUUCCUAAAACCAGAAAUGCUUUUUCAGCAGCAAAAUUAGCAGUUCUUCUUAGUCAGUUGCUUUUCAUUGCAGGCGAGUUUAGCAAGGCUAUUGAGAUUCUGAACUCUAAUGUCCAUGUUGUUCUUCAGUUUACUGAUGAAGACCUCAGAGAGGAUUAUUUUACAUUAUAUUUAGCCUGCUUCGAAAAACAAAUAGAGAGUGUACCAAAGACAUCCAUAGGCAUUACCAGGGAGCAGCUAAUAACUUUAAAAGAUCAGGACGUAACCUAUUAA